CAUCGUUUAUAGUCAGAAAGUGUUUAGCUGCUGACAAAUAACGUGUUUCAUUCAAAGUAUAAUUCGCCAUGAGGUUUCUUAGCGCCUAUAUUCAGUUGAGAUGCAGUAGGGCUACGGCGUUUAUCAGCUACUUGAUUUUGAUUCAACUGCUGUCGUCCAGCUGCGCCGGUCCGGUUCGUUCUUCCCGCAGGAGUGAAGUGAGGAGUCCCUUUGCAUCCGCCCAGAAGUACGCCAAUAUCGAGUCCCGAACAAGCGAUUAUCAAGAUAAUCAGCAGUUGACAAAUGAGAAUCACGAAACGGUCUUGGUAGAUGUGAAGAAUCCCAGCGAAGAUUUGAUCGCCACGACCGACAAUUCGUUGCCUUUAGAGGAUCCCGUCGACAACUUCCAGUCCAGUCCAGUUGGUCCAUCAGAAUCGCUGGCAGAUAUCAGUGGGUCAACUGAUGCUGAUGCUCAAACUGAAUAUGUCACCGAUCCUUCCAUCGAUCUUGCGGUUGUAACACCUGACGUUGUGGCGAUCGACCAAGUCUCUUCGGAUGCCUCCGCUUCUACAACUCCGAUGAAUCUUCCACUUUAUCCAGCAGUGCGAGUCCCAACUGCUCCGGAAUCGGUUCGCACAACCGCCGCACCUUUGGUUGCCGGAACCAACAAUCCUCCAUCAACCGAAGUUCCGGUUUUAGCUCCAGUGACAUUGCCGGAACUUAUUUUGAAUAAUACCGAAAGCGAAGUGAAGAAGACCACUCCGAUUUUGUCGUUAAAGUAUGGCGUGCCGAAGGGCGGCGAUAAGCAGAAUCUACCCCAAUAUCAUCGCCCGAUUAAAACGUCCUACAAUUCCCCCGACACCAACAUUAAUCCCUAUCUUGGCGAAGAAUUAGAUAAACCCAUUUAUCUUCCGCCGACUUUCCCCGGCCCGGCUGCUCUCCCGGCCGCUAUUAAUCUUUACGCUUCGGAUGAAGACAACUUUCCCCCGAUUCCGUUCGGCAACUCCAAACCCAAGAAAUUGGAGUUCCCUCCGGUGUCCAACACGGACGAGAAUUUCGGUUAUCAAAUCGACUGGUGGUAAUAAUUAUUAAAGGAGCGAAAAAACAAACAAUGAACCUUCAGUUAUAUUACAUAGUUUGAGUCAGAUAUAAUAUUAUUCAAUCUAUAGAUUAGAUUUUCAAGCUUCUGAUUUAUUUUGUCAUGCCAUACUGUAUAUGCUGCUUGACAUCACACGUUUUAUUGGUUAAAUAGAGAAAUAUAUUCACAGUUAUUAUACUCAUCAAAUAUAUGCCCCCAAAUAUCUUUAAUGUUAGCCCAAAAUCAAUAUAAUAAGGGCUAACCAAAAGUAUAUAAAUUCCGACUUUGCGGUGACCGCUUUUAUAUACCGUGGCCAUCAAAACAAAAGAUCACGAAUAAAAGCCGCAAAAUAUAAUAAACGAAUAAAACGAUGUAUUUAUUUGUGGGUAUACAAACAUUAUCAAAAAUAAUAUGGGAAUCGAUCUGACCACACAGCAUUCUAUAAAACCGAAAAGAAAUGAAAUCUUUGGCGGGAAGGUUUGAACGUUUGCCGUCAACGGCGUCACCUUUUGUCGCUAAACUCUGAUGUCUGAUGUCUAAAUAUACAUAUAAUAAAAGUUGCGUAGGUAUAAGAAACGCAGGUGAAAAUUGUCGUCACAUUUGUGCACGUCUCAAAUGCUGUUGGCAAGCAGCAAUAACGAAAGAAAUAAAAAGAAAGCUGCAAUAACGAUCCACGGUGCUCUAUGACGGGGAUCAACAUUGUUAUUACACUUAAAUAUCAUGGAGUAACAGCGCAGUUCGUCUGUCGCACAAAAGUCUUUUUAAUUGUUUGGAAAGAGCAGCUGCAGGCGCUUCUUUGAAAAAGAAGUGAAAACGGGAAAAAGUCCAACAAAACUGCUGGAUAGUAGUAUAGAAGUCGAUAUAGAAAUCACGCAUGCGCUAAUAAUCUUCUAUGUAGCUUCUAUUUUUUUGCCACGGGCUAUACAGGCGGCAGACAAAUGCAACGCAUCAGUCUCGCCAUUUUCCCUUUCGACUGCAUGUCGUUCAGCUAUCUAAAACGGCCAACCGUUUCUCUGCUGGGCAACCGGCAGCGAUAACGGUAUACAAGAAACGAUUUCAACUUCAAAACAUUUUUCAAAAUGAUUUUUGCGGUAAUGGGUUUUUGUACGUGGGUUUAUAUAAUGGCAGGAAAACUGCGGAGAAAGCGACUGCUGUGAUGGAAAUCAUGUUAUAUGCCAUCAGCGCUAUAUAAGUCCGUCGCUAUCUUAGUCGUUCACUCACAUUCAGUCAGAAACUAAAACAGACACCACAACCAGCACCGCACCGAGCCUUUGCAACAUGAAUUUUCUCAACAAGAGAAAUAGCGCGGUGGCUGUAGCUUGUCUGGUUUUAUUUCAGCUAGGCUGCAGUUACUCCAGUCCGGUUCGUUCACCUCGUACGUCUGCUUUGAAAUUACGCAACAUACUGGCCAACAUUCAACGAGUUCCUCGCAGCGAUCAAGAUUAUCACCUUAUUCCUAAUAAUGAGAAUGGAGCUGAUGUUGCAGUGACUCCUGGCCAAUCCUUCCUACCGACGACUGCUGUGGGCGUUCCCUUAGAUAAACCGGAAGCAAUUGAUAACACUGGCCCAAUCGGAAAUUAUCCAGACUCACCUGAUGGAUCUGACGAGACCGAGCUUCCAGCACUGCCAACAGAUGUCGACAGCGGAUUACGCAAUUCAGAUUCAGUUGAAACUGUGACGUCAUCUAAUGUUCAAGAGCCAAUUCAGAAGCUGGAGGAUCCUUCCUAUUCCAAGUUUCUUCCAGAACAAGAGCUUCCGACUACAUCUGAACUCUAUCAUUCACCAACUGCGGAAGCACCUUUUAAUCCAGCGGAACUUCCGCUCACGUAUCCAAUUGUAUGUGUCCCGGAGGGUCCAUCAGCCAUACCCAUCACCGUUGCCGAUUUGCCUCUGGAGACCAUCUUACCAUCCACGGUAGCACUCCCAGAGAAAGAGGAAAUCAGUUCCUCAUCACCGGAAGCUCCCGAUCAGUCAGCAAUCAUUGCGCAACAAGGGAACAACGUUGGCGCUCUUCCGCUGGAGUUGGAUGCCAAAACGCAAACAGCGUCGUCUUCCUUUGGCGUCGAUCCGUCCAAAUAUCAGCCAAACAAUUCGUACGACCUGAUCACUACAGACAAUCCAAAUGAAAAGUUCAGUAACUCUUCCGGCCGUCCGAUCGGAUCUCGUUUGAGGGAGCUGGGCUUCCCUCCCAUAUCCAACACGCAAGACAAUUUUGGUGUUCAAGUCAAUUGGGCUGAAUUCAGGUAAUUCGGCUUCAAUCCGUCCGUCAUGUGCCCUCUUUUUUAACUAUUAGGUGUCAAAUUCUCUCCAUUUUUAUACUAUCCAACUGAAUUCGAAUAAAUAAACGGUAGAUUGAUAAAUAUACCAUAUACAGCAUACGUGA